AUGCCAGGAGCCAGACCCAGCAAGAAAACCACCAAAUCCUGGAGAACCUUGGCCUAUGUGCCAGGUGAGCAUUCUCAUUGCACUGAAUGGGCGCCACCACACUCCUGUGUGUGUGUGUGUGUGUGUGUGUGUGUGUGUGUGUGUGAGGCAGCUCAAAGCCAGGUCUCAGCUGAAGGGGAGGAGUCUGUCAGCAGUCCAGAGCCACGACUGGACGACAGGGUGGUGGGUGAGCGGACCCGCAGGCGAACCAAGCGCAUCAGGACGUGUUUCCGCAGCGAGCAGCUCAGAGCGCUGGAGUCGUACUUCGCCCAGAAGCACAACCCUGACGGUAAAGACUGGACCUGCCUUGCUCAUAAGACCGGUCUACCCAAGAGAGUCCUGCAGGUGUGGUUUCAAAACGCUCGGGCCAAACUGAGGCGUUCCCUCACCACAGACGACUCUCAGGCCAACUCACCCUCUGCUCCCCCGAGAGGCGUAACCGUGGCGACCGGCUCCCCAUCUCCAUCCUGCUCCCCACCCGACCAAUCGCAGCCCUUCCCCACCAGCACCAUCGACCAGCUGCAGCUGUCUCUGCUCACUGCCCCGCUCAGUGAGCCGCCACUGAGUCCGGCUGUCAGCCAAUCACAUCAGCUCCAACACCCCUCCUUCUUCCUGGACUACGAUUCCCAGAGUGCACCAGGGUGCUCUCUGGAGGCCUACGAGGACUUUGGAGAGGCAGGAGGAGGGGCAGAGGGAGAUGUUGAUGCCGAUGGUUCUUUUAGACCACAUUACUGUUAGUCCAGGGUUCUGACACUGUGAGAAGUAGCUUUUCAAAAUAAGAGAAUAGUGAAAGUUAUAAUCCUUUCAGAUUUCAGCUUUUAAUGUGAAAGAACAGCAGGAAAUCACUAGGGAAUGUUUUAAUGUAAUCCAGCUCUGAGACGUCUGUAGGGAAGAGAGAAAUCAAGUGCCAAACACCUGCACUUCCUCUAACGUCCACUUGAGGCUGGCUCCAGAAGUGAGUCAGUCUCCAUAAGUCCCCAUGUUCAAAUGUCCAACUUCACAGCAGAAAUAAACAUGUUUACAGCCUGGUACAAAAAACAGUUUUGGUCUCAACCAUUCAACCUGCUGACCAUAAAUAACAUCAGAAACAUUUUUUAUUUAAAUCUUAAGGAUUGUAACUUUUUCUUUUACUCUCUUGGUGUGUGACUCAAAAUCAAACUAUGAAUCAAACUAAGCACAAAAACCAGUAACUGACUGGUCAUGUCACUGUAAAUAGACUUUUAGCUUUAUUGAUGAAAUAAUCUGAAACUCUACUGAUGAACUAUGAUGACUCAGACUCAAUGAACUUGGACAUUUUAGGUUUCUUCCAACAACAAUCAGUUAGUACAUGAUGAAACAUACCGACAUCUCCUGAAAUCAUUGCUGUAUCAGCUCUUUUUGUACUCUUUCUUUACGUGUGAAUAAACCUUCAACUGUUUCCCCACAUUUCCUCCAAGUUUCCUCUUUGUGCACCACAAGCAGCGGCUCAUCCUCCCUUUACUGUUUACAUAUCAAGUUGAAACAAUUUGCUGAUUAUAAUUAUAUGCUGCUUUUCUUUCCUCUUUUCUUGUCUUCUUGACCCAAAUUUUCAUAAAAAUAGAGAAAAGAAGUGGGCCAAGCACAGAGCCCUGUGGGACACCCUUACAAUCAGACAAAACAUCAGAGCACUGACCAUCAAAUUUAACACAAUGAGACCUGUCUGUAAGGUUUUUAGAGACUCACCAACUGCUUGUUCUCAAAGCCUAAUAUUAAGAACGCUGUGUUUAAAGAUGAAAUGGUAAACUGUGUCGAAGACUUUGGCCGAAUUAAUAAACAGAAAUAAACAAUGCUGUUUCUAUCAAGGGCCAAGGAAAUUUCAUUUACCACCUUCAAAGCUGCCGUGAUGUUGCUAUGAUUUUUCCUAAAUCUCAACUGAAAUGUAGACACAAUAUUAUUUCAUAUUAAAAGAAAAACAUCUUAAGUUUUGUUCACCAAAUGUUGUACAUGUGGUAAAGGAAUCUUUCCUUGAGGUGUGACCACUGAAUAGAUAUUCUGUCGUCUACUCUUGGCAUUAGAAAAUAACAUGAACUUGGUUUUAUCAGCAUUGAGAACAAGUUUCAGCUGAGACGAGGUCUUCCAGUUGGGACAUCUUUCCAUCAGAGUGCUAAGGAAAUGUUGUUUAUCACCUUCUAUAAAGGUCCAGUGUGUAAGAUCGGGGUCCUUUAUUAUCAGAAUGAGGUGGACAUUGAAUAUAAUACACAUAACUAUGAUUUCAUGCAUGCAUAAUCACCUGAAAAUGAGUGGAGUGGGUCCUAAAUCCGACACACUGAACCUUUAAUGGAGAUGUGACUAAUGGUAGUAAUAAAGGUAACGAUGAUGAUGAUAAUAAGAGUAUACAUAGUGGACAUCAAGUGGGCUGCAGGCAGAUCCUCAAUCUUGCCAUAGCCACAAUCCAUGAGA